CUAAGGAGUUGACUGGGUGGGAGGACAUAGAACAUCAGGAAUUUUUCAGAUUAAUAUAGAGAUAGGAACCUGUAUUGUUUAUACAGAGCAUAAUCUAAGGCUUAAGAUCUGUAAGUCUUUUUCUGUCACCAAAGGACAAGGUAAAGAAUGUUUCCUGAUGAUUGCCAUCAGGCAAGGCAAGACCAUAGGCCCCUCAUUGUGCAAAGCAGCACUUGCUUUCCUCAGCACAAUGCUUUCUGCUAUUCCUGGUGUUACUGCAUUUAAAAGCGUAAAUGAAGCACCUACUGGUUAAGCAGUGAAGUAGAUCUAAAGUAAUGGAGACUAAACAAUAGGUAUUCAGAAUGCAAUCUUGUCUGAAAUUAUGCCUCAGUGCAAAUCCUGAGUUCUCAAACUUGUGUUCAAAUAAAGUGAAUGAGAGGAAAAGCAGCAGCAUUUUGCUUUCAGCCCUUCUGAGUAUUUACUUCAUCUGCUUCCUCCGAUAUGUCAUCAUAAGUGAAACACAGAAAACCCAAAAGAUUUUUAUGUCUGAAGCUGUAAUGUUCUGGACAAGCUGCAGCCUAGCGUGCAUGCUGAUAUGGAAGCUAGCUAUCUUGCAGCUUUGAAGGCUUCUUUUACUGGGUUUUUUUUUAAUGACUUACAGAAGCUCUGGAAUUUUUACCUCAGUGGGAUAAUAAUGAAAUUCUUAUAUUCCAGUUUCUUCUCACUCACAUGUCUGAGCUUGGAAAUGCACUUCCAUUCAGGUUAUUACUACAGUAAAUGUGGUUAAAAACAAACUAUACACAAGCUCCUUCCAUGAACGCUCUGAGGGGAAGGUUAUCUUGGGUUCUGACACAUCAGAAGUGUCAGAUUCUACAGCAAACCUAUGCUUAUUUUCUGCACAGCACAAAUAAGGACUGAUAGCCUUUGGAUAGCAUGGCUUUAAUCUUCCCACAGUUUCAGUAAAUCUGUAUUUACAGGCAUUUCUAUUUUAAAGCUUCUUGCUGAAGUCAUCAACAUUUUGUCACUUACUUAUACUUUACCCUAGAAAGAUGUUAUGAAACAUGGUGUCUGUGUAGCCUCUAAGAAAAAGAACAUAUAUUGAAUCUAAAUAGUUUAGGAUAUUUUUAUCUCUGUUCUGAUAGUGGUUAUCUGUUGGUGAAGCUUGGAAGAAAUAAGACAUGCUUGAGGAAAGGGAAGCUGGUAGUAGUCGUCUAGCAGAUUGUGUCAGUUUAGUUUGUUUACAAAUGAAGUGGAAAAUUAGUUCUUUCAUAGAAGCUGUUAUUGCAUGUAAGUCAGCACGCUAAGAAGCAACCACCUUCUCAUUCUGCUUUUCACAUGGACUUGGAAUAACUUUCUAACACCGAAAUUUGAACACAAGUGUCUGGUAAUACUUGACAUUUGAGGAAACUCGGGCUCUUUCAGCUUUAUGGCUAGAAUAAGAAAAUAUUCCCAAAAAUUUGCGAAUACAAGUAUGAGUGAAUUUAACUUUUUACUUAUGGUCCAUUGAAUAGCUAGUAUCAAACUGUCUAUGAACACUUAAAAGUGUAAUAAUGCUACUUUGUGUAUGACUGCUGACUGUGCAGUCUAAAAGAGGUAUAUUGUUCCUAUAAAUACAGAUACCAUAUGGUUUAAAUGGUGGCAUCAAGAACCAGCUGAGAAUUAAGAGAUGAUUGGUAAAAUAAGUUGCAAACAGUUUUGGUUUCUGGUGGUAACCUGUUAUCUGUUCGGUGUUUGGGUUCUAGGCUGAUUAUUGGCACAAAUAUGGUUAAUGUCCAGAAAUUGGAGCAAAUAAUUCUUCAUGCUGCAUAGUGUAAGCAAAUGAGCAAGAUUUAAAAAACCCAGUGUUUAAAAAUCUAGUGCAGUUUGUGUUACCCGUUGCGAUUUACCAUCUUGGGUGUGGGAGGGCUUCAGCACACGGAAAGGCCCUUGCUGCCAGCAGAUGUCAGUGUACACAUGGUUAAAACCACUCUUUCUGUGCUUCCUCUGAAUUUGUAGCUGGUAUUGUAUCUAGGAUUGUUUUUCUUUUGUGCUGAAUAAUUGCAUAGCUAACAGAGCCCUUGUCCAGGUACUAGUUCCUAGUUCAGGGGUUUGGUAGCAUUAAAACUACAAGUAAGCUGUAAAGUCUUGUACUCAAAAAUGGUAUCAGAUCUAGGCAUCCCUAAUGCAGCUAGUAUCUUAGAAGAAACGUGACAAAUUCCUUCUUCCUGUAGUUGAAGGGCCAGCAUUAUUUUUCAUACACUGGAGAUGAUUUAGCUGAUUCAGUCAAUAUUAGGGAGAGUGUGCUGAGACUACCUCUGUAGUUAGCCUGUCUGAUCCUUCGCCUUUGACUGUUAACAAGGAAGUUCUAAUACAAAGGAGCACAGACAGAUCAACAGCAAUUGCUUAAUGGUCUGUUAAUACAGACCUGUUUGAAAGUGGUUAGUUCUUACUUGCAGAACUUAAGCUGCUGUGACUAGCCCAAGACUCACAGAAAGUAGAACUUCUUUAAGUACUGCCUUCCAUAUAAACAGAAAAUAAUUGCAGGCUUUUCUGGGAGAAGUGAGAAUCUUCUUCCUCAAGGUAUAAAUUUACACAGACUUUAAAAUUAUGAAGUGAGUAGUGUAUGGAGGGAAGGAGUGUUUAUUUAAAAAAAAAAAAAAAAGGCAAAGCUAAUCCACUGGAAAGUGGGGUCACAGUGGGAGUUGUGUACUUUGGUACAAAAAAAAAAUCCCAAACAAUUUCAAAGGACAGUUGGUUCACUAAGCUCUUGCAUCUUCAGAGCUGAAUUGCAAUUGCUUUAAACUUUAGUACAAGUUGGCUUUGUCUUGUACCUGGUUACUUUGUGAAGGUUUAAAUUUAGCAGUUUAUUGUAUUUUCUGCAGCUAUUAAUGUCCUUUCUCCCUAAAUCUGUGGGGAAAAAACGAGGCUAUUGGUAUCCAACAUAGCAAAUAAAGGAAUAUGUUAAAGAGAGAAGCAAAGACUUUUUCUAUACAAAAAGGAAUCUUGUUUCACGUGCAUAAGUUUUUAAAUUUAAUUGUGGCUGUGUUGAAAAACAUAAGCCUUAAAUGCUGAAAGAAAACCAUCAUGAUUUCUUGUUUUUAAAGGCUGCUUUUUUGAGACUGCAAAAUAUUAACUUGAUCUACCAGAAUCACUCUGGAGACCAAGUUGAAAGCCAGGCACAGGCAUUUGCAACUUCCAUGAAAAUCAGAGGAAAUUGUAUCUGCUUGUAUAUGGCUGGCAUUCAGCCUACUGUCUCGUUAUGCAAUAUCAGGAGAUUAAUUUGUGAACUGUGUGGAACAUAGCUGCUCCUUUUUGGAGUGUCAAGAUCAUUGUUAGAGAUGGUGAUGCCUUAAGCUCAACUGCAGUUUCUGCUUCUUGAAAUGGAGCAAAAACUGGUUUGUAAGCGAAUGGACUUGGUUUGCCAGCGAAUGUUAAAUCAGGGAUUUCUGAAAGUGGAAAGAUACCACAACUUGUGUCAAAAGCAAGUUAAAGCUCAGCUUCCAAGACGGGAGUCAGAAAGAAGAAACCAUUCAUUAGCUCGUCAUGCAGACAUCCUUGCUGCUGUAGAAACGAGACUCUCUCUGUUAAAUAUGACUUUCAUGAAGUAUGUCGAUUCCAAUCUAUGUUGCUUCAUACCUGGAAAGGUAAUAGAUGAAAUUUAUCGUGUGCUAAGGUAUGUAAACUCUACAAGAGCUCCUCAGAGAGCUCAUGAAGUUCUUCAAGAACUAAGGGACAUUUCCUCCAUGGCUAUGGAAUAUUUUGAUGAGAAGAUUGUUCCAAUACUGAAAAGAAAGAUGCCUGGGUCAGAUGUAUCGGGACGUCUGAUAGGAACUGCCCCAGUUCCAGGGCCUUCUGCAGCACUGACAACAAUGCAGCUGUUCUCCAAGCAGAACCCUUCAAGACAGGAAGUCACCAAACUCCAGCAGCAAGUAAAAGCAAAUGGCACGGGCUUGACAGCACUAAAGCGGGAAAUCUCAGAGCUUCGCAUCAAAGUGCAAGAGCAACAGAAGCAACUCCAAGAUCAAGAUCAGAAACUGCUAGAGCAAACCCAAAUCAUAGGUGAACAGAAUGCCCGAUUGGCUGAGCUUGAACGCAAGCUGCGAGAGGUAAUGGAGAGUACAGUAGGAAAUUCUUCAGGUUCUGGCUCAAAUGAACAAUCUCCUAGAAAACGGAGGAAGGCGGUUGAAUCCACAGACUGUCCUAGGAAAUCUAAACGCCUUCGAAACAGAAAAUAACUUGGGAGUAAAUGACAUCUUCAGGAGGACACACUGCUUUAGUAGCCCAAGCAGGUCUGCUUGUUUGGAUACUGUGACUAGCUUCAUGGUGUCACUUAGGCUGCUGGCUCUUCAAAACACCACUUAGACUUGAACAGUAAUUUUCUUUCAUUGAGACUUUUCCCCUGCUUUCUGUAUGGGUGGGCCUAAUGCACAGAAUCUUUAAGAUUUGCAAUAGAUACAUACUAACCAGACCUGCUCUGUUAUGUUUUGAAGGGUUAAUCUUUUUUUCUGUGCAGAUGUGUUUAAAGUAAACUUAUUUGUGUUUAUGCAUAUGUUCACAUAAAAUCUUAAAUAAAUUCAGUCUUAACUGACUAAAAAGUUAAGUGUAAAAACAGAUGUCCUGUUCACUUGAAGGAAAGAUCCACUUUUAAAAAAUCUUGUUUUAGAGAACUUGACCUUUUUUGUUACAAGUGACCUUGUCUGGAAUGUCUGAAAAGUAGUUAAUACUUUUUAGGGAUCUCUGUAAUGAGUAAAACUGACUACUUAAGCUACAGUAUUGGCUAUAUAUUUUUGUAAACUUACAAGGAAGGGCCUUCUAUCCAGUCUUCACAUGCACACACCCUGGUUCUAGGUCUUGGGAGCCAUAUUCUACAUUUGCAUGGAUAGAUGCAUGUGCAGCUUAGUCAGCCUGCUAAAAGCACUUGCCUGAAAUUGUUCUUAACUCUGGGAGAGCACAGAUUGCUAUAAAGCAAUUUCUUUGUUCCUCAGCCAUAACUUAGCAUCUGCUUUCAGCAUAACUGCUUUCUUACACUGAGGUGGUCUUAUGAAGCUAGUUGCAGGAGAGUUUGAACCCAGGCUAUCUACCACUUUCACUGCCUGUACAUUGCAGGUAUUGUUAGCCAAAGCUGAAGAAUUGAGAAGCUGCCUAUGCAUCACUUGAUUCAUAGGCCAACAUCUAAUAAGUAUCAGACAAAUUGUCCCUACAAUAACCAAGCUCAGGGGGACAACAUCAUUUGAAUGAAAUGCUGUAUUAUGGAAAAACUUAAAACUAUUUUGUGUGUAUGUGUUGGGGGUGGGGUGGGAUAGAAGUUUCUCUGUAACACUGAUGACAAUAUUCUAAGCUUUCCUUACCCUAAAAGGUAAAUCACUUCAGACAAAGCUUUAAUUUCUUUUGCACUUCUGUUUUGAGCUUGUAACUGGAAAAGCAUGUCUUGCACUGUUCAAUCUCUCUGGUCACUUUAACAACCUCAGAGUUGUGUACAGUGAUUUUCCCCCCCCAUCUGUAUAUUUUUGGAACAUUAUACAAAUACCAUUGUCCUUGUUUUUGUUUUAAUGUACUAAACUAUGUAGCUUUAUCAUUUGACUUAUGUUUUCUUUUUUUAAUCAGCUGCUGCUUUGGGUUUAGGUGGUACUGAAUUCAACUUGGUGGGGCAUUGAAAAUGCAAGUGCUGCAUUUAUAGCUGUUCAAAAUUACCAUGGGUUAAAGUGCAGGUUUCUCUUACAUUUUGUAUGGCUGUCAGCAUAACGUAGUGGUUGUAUUUAAAUCACCAAACAAAUCAGAAAUUGUCUGGUCAAAUGUUACAUAAUUGUGGGAAAACUGACAUUUUUCCUGAAACUUCAGCUACGAUUUCUACUUCUAAAACAUAUUAGCUCAUAUCAGAAGUAACAUUGCAAAUGCCUAAUUUUUGGCAGACAUUUAAUUUUCAAAUAAACUUGUUGGGUAGUUUGAAUCUUUAAAAAAAAAAAAGGCAUGUUUUUUAAGAAAAGCAUCAAGGAAAUGAUAAAAAGUUAUCUGGGGGGAAGGUUAAACUGUUAAAAGAGUUUGCUAUUAUCUUCCAUGGCUCAGCAUUUUUUUACUGUUAAAGAUCUCUUUAGAUAUCUGCUAUUUAGUUUAAAAAUACUGGCAUACACUUUUAUCUUUUAAAAAAUAGUAAUUUUGAAUCAAAGGGUCAGCAUGAUAGCUAUAAAUACUGUGUAUCAUUUGAUACAAUUCAUUUAAUGGUCAAUCAUGAUGACAAAUUCAUGUAAUGGUCUAAUUACCAGAUAUUUAUGGUUAAAUACUCCUAAACAACUAUAAACCUGUGAAUUACAUUUACUGAAAA